AUGCUUCUCAAGCCAGUUGGCAACGGUACACUUCGCAAGCUGAAAUUGGAAGUGGGGAUGUCUUUACAAAACCAGGCAAAGUCAAAGGAAAUGGACAGCAGGUGCCGACUUUUAGCUGAACGUCUGACGGAUGCCGUUCGUGUGCUUGACCAUGAUCCAUCACUGGCUCUAUACCGACUUCAAGAGCAUGUUGGAAGAAGUCUGCCUGGUCUUGUGCAAAGGAAAAUUUUGCUAAAUCAGCAAAAUGCUCUUCUGUCGGGAGUUCAAUUUGAUCUUGAGAAUGCACUGAGUACUGUAGAAAGUAUACAACAAUCUACUACUACAUUCGAUGACUGCUCUGAAAUGCUGCGUAAUUGUAUAUUUUACAAGCAGCAGCUAGACUUUGAUGCUAACAGGAAGAUCUCUGAAGUGACCGUAAAGGGACGUAGCAAAUCAUUGCAUGAUGUCACACGACAAUCUGAGAAGUGACGACUCAGUCUUCUUUUACUCUAAGACUCAUACG